AUGCUCAUUCAAGGUUUUCUAAACUGGCUACCCCUAGCGUCUCUAACGUUUAAUGCGUAUAAAUCCGAUGAUGAUCCUCUCAAGAGGCUUGGAAAUUUGACUCCCUAUAGUGCAGCUCCUGCUUCUCAUGGAGUUAAGGCAGAAUUGCCCAGUGAUUGUAAUGUCAAUCGGGUGAUGCUUAUGCAUAGACAUGGCUCUCGUGGACCCGAAUUUGAAUCGGGUCUGAUCAACUCCCUUGUCCAAACGUUGAAAAACCGUAGUGAUGCUAUCCAACAUGCUCAUCUGCCUAAGAACCUCCGUUUCCUCAAGAAGGGAUAUGAAUCGCACCUCGAGCCAGGAAAUCUGACCAUCAUUGGGCGUCAGCAGCUUUUCGAUCAUGGCGUGGAAUUUGGGUUGAAGUAUCCGAACUUCGACACAGACACGCUACGAUCCAGCGAUGUACCAAGAGUGAUUGACUCCAUGUACUUUUUUGGUCUGGGGCGUUUUGGUCGCGAACUUGAGGAUAAGGAGCUACUCACAGUUCACGAUAUGCCCGAUCCAGUUUCUUGGAUCACUCCUUGGACUACGUGUCCCAUCGACUGGCAGUACGCAACGAAGGCAAGUACUCAGCCUUUUGGACUUCGAACAAUAAUAUAUUACGACAAAUACCUCCCUAAAAUCACUGCGCGCUUGAAUAAGCUCCUUCCCGACGUCAACCUGACUGACGAUGACACACACGGAGCUUUGUACGCAUGUGCAUAUGACCUAGCUGCGCGGGAUGGGUCGCCGUGGUGCGACGUUUUCGAUGCGGAUGAACUCGCAGAAUUUGAGUAUGAAUUAGAUCUCGGGAUGGACGCAAACGUUGGAUACCUGGCACCCAAGGACUCUGCUCGUGUCAUGGGAAGUGUUUUUGUUAACAAACUCAUCGAAAGGUUCACCAAUACUAGUGAGGAAGCACCAUCCCUCUAUCUCGAUUUUGGGCACGAUGCUACCAUCCUGGUUGCAAUGGCUGCAAUGGAACUCAACAGUCGGACUCUAUCUUAUAUAUUCACUCGUAGGGAUGAUCCCCCGUUGUCUCCAGAAAGACCACCCCGUCGCCGAAAGUUCCGGACCUCGUAUCAAACUCCCUUUGCUGCCAACAUGAUCUGGGAAAGUUUUACUUGCAAGGAGUCAUUCGAUGGACCACAGAUUCGACUUGUACUGAACGACGAGAUAUAUCCCUUGCGGACUUGUGCAGAAACCAAGAAAGACCGCCGAUACGGGACUUGCUCGCUAAAUGCAUUUAUACGAGCCAAUCAAUUUAGCACCAACAUCGAGUUCGGCGAUGAUAUGUGGCAAGCGACCUGCGGUGCUCACUCUGAAGUUUUGCACGUCCAAGAAUAG